UUAAAGCCCACUUGCACAGUUUUUAUGAAAAUGAAAACAAUAUCCUAUGUUUUCUUUUCUUGAGAUUUGUUCAGAUUAUGAGGGCAGCGGGAUCAUUAUAAGAGCAGAUCUCUCAGCUAUUUAUCAAUAUUGUGAUAUGGGACUAGUAUUUGUAUCAACAUGAACUAUUCUAUAGUUAUAGUGUGCAGUUAGUUUUAGAGCUAAAUGAGGAAUAAACAUUUGCUAAUUAAAAGGAUUAAGCCUAUUUUCCGUUAAAUGUAAAAUCUUCAAAAUACUGUGUAGUCCAAGACUAGGCUCAUAACCAAACGAUUACCAAACAAUUGACGAUCAUUUCUGCAUUAAGAUUAAAAACUGAAUAAUAAACCUACAUAACAGUCACAUAAGCUUUGUAUAGAUAUAAAGAAGUAAGCAUAUUCUUGAACACAGUUUCUUAUAUCAUCCCUCAAAAAUAUGAUGAAGAGUCCAGUCAAGAGAAAGGUCAAUUUUUGAUUACAAACUCAGAUGGGCCUCCAUCAGCUCAGCAAAAAUAUCUAUGACAUCAGCGUAUGCUAGGAAGACUAUAUCGCCCUGAUCCCAGUGCAUGGACACCAGCUAACAGGAACACAUGACGUUUAGCCAUAACGGGACUUCCGCUGGUCCGGCGACUCGCUGAAAUUGACCCCUUGAGCGACCCCUGGGUGAAACCUGAGUCACUUGUCGUCGCCGCUGCCUCUGAGUGGAGUUGUCACUGCUGGGAAGAGGGCCAUGCCUUACUUUAAUGAACAGUCACAGCUAAGGAAUCCCAGUGCAAGGUGCCUGGGUACCAUUUUUGUUCCUUGUACUUUGACCCCUUUCCUUAUUUGCAUGUUUACACAUUGUCCCUCCCAUAUAAAGAGGCCGAUCCCAUUGGCACCAAACCACAUUGAUACUGAGGCAGCAUCGGCUGCUGCUGAACUUGAAACUCAAAGAAGACGGCCAGAUCUUGGUUGUGGUCUUCCUUUUGAUUGAAUGAGAUGGGAUCGCACAGCUCCAAAGUCCCACUAGAGACUCAGAUUCUCAUUCUUGGACUUGACGGAUCCGGCAAGUCCACCCUGCUCUACAAGCUCAAAUACAACGAGGCGGUGGUGACUGUUCCUACUGUGGGCUUUAAUGUGGAGAUGCUGGAGACCAAGGAGAAAGGUUGCACCCUGACCGUGUGGGACGUUGGAGGCCAGAGCCAAAUGAGGGCCUACUGGAAGCACUACUACCAGGACUCAUCCGGGCUGGUGUACGUGGUGGACAGUCACGACCAAAAUAGGCUGUCCGAAGCCAAGCAAGAACUGGAGCAAAUCUUGGAACACGAGGAGCUUGAGAGCAAGCCGCUGAUCGUGCUAGCCAACAAACAAGACCUGCCAGGAGCUGCAAAUGCAGACGAUAUUGCAGAGACCCUGAACUUGAAAGAGAUUUGCGGGAACAGAAACUGGCUCAUCCAGCCAUGUUCAGGGAGGACUGGUGAAGGUCUGGAGAACUGCUUCAGGAAAAUGGUUCACUUACUAAAGACCGCUGUAGUAAAUAGAGAGAGAGGCUACAGUAAUAGGGGCUUUAGUUUAAAGGAGAGAAACGCCAGAACAUCAACCUCAUCAGUGAAAUCAGUAACGUAAGACUUAUAGAAGUAACUGGUGGAACUACUAGACUUUUUUGGUGGUCUUGGGACUGAAUAACAAAGCAAGAAAUGGGUGAGGGGGCCUAUCUUUUAGGCUAUGUCUGUAACAUGGCUGCCAUCUUAAAAGUUGCCAUAUUACAUUUCUGAAAUAUGCCACUUUUGACUCGCACAAGAAGCAGCAAAAAAUGAGAAUUCCUAAAUAAUGAUUCUACCUCUGUGGAUUUAUUGUUGAUGUACUGUACACUUCUGCAAAUUCCUUUCAUUUUUAAUGCUUUUGUGGUUUUUGUGUAUUGUACAUUUGAUUUCUAAUUGUAUUUUUAAAGUUUAUUUUUUUAUUUAUUCGUUAAUGUAUUAUUAAAUGUACCAAUGUAUUUUAAACAUUGUGUAUUUUCUUUUAUCUCUUUUCUUUUUAUCUUUUAUCUAUUUAUUUUGUUUUUUUAAGUGACAUAAAAUGUUUUCAAAACUUAAGCAA